AUGGUCAUAAUCGGAUCGAGACAGAACUUGAUGAUUGACUUCAAUCUGACCAACAUUGGGGAUAGUGCCUACAUGACAACACUUGUUCUGGCAUACCCCAACAUGCUUCUUUUUAACAAGUUCACAAUGGUAAUUUAUCCUGAGUGAAACAAAAAUAUAUUUGUUGAGUCCUGAGAACAAGAUAUGAGGUUGGAAAUAUUAGGUCAGCUUUGUUGCAUUGACUGACAAAGGAGUCAGCAACUGACUGACUAUUGUUCUGUUCAUCAUUCACAGAAAAUGGAAAGGUCUGUUUGUGAGAACAAAGUUAAAGAGAAUAUUUCUUAUUUGAAGUGUCGUCUCUUACAUCCAGUCUUCAAGAAAAAUACCCAGGUACAGAUACCCACCAUGACUUAAAUAAUACAGCCUAGUGGCAUUACUCAAGCCAAAUGUCUCCCAUCAAAAUUGAAAUGUCCUUUUUCUCAGACCUGUCAACAUGUUUCUUUUUUGUUUUGAUACCUGAUAUUACGUCUUUUAUACAGGAUUAGUUCAUGUUUGAAAUAUUGUGAGCUGCAUAGUAUUUGGAGGAUGAGGACAUUCCAUAUAUUUAUUUCUGUCACUGGUGGGUGCCAGAAGGUAUGCGUGCCAAGAUAGCUGGGGGGCCACUGGUGCUAAUCUUAGGAGGAGUACGUGAUGGAAUAUCCUGACUAGGGUGCAACACGAUACCAUAUAGGGUGAUCAUAUUCUGGUGAGGAGUGACACUCAAUAAUGGUUGACAACUGUUGGAUGGAAUUAGCUCGGAAAGCAUUAUAUAAACUAAGAGAUUUCCUUUGUUCAGUGAGUUCAGAUAGCAAUGGGCCACCCACGUGCCGUUUGCUAUGUGAACCCGGUACUGCAAUAUUAAAUACUUUGAAUCAACUCUCCAUGUAAGUGUUUAAGUAUCUUCUUGCGUACUUAAUUACUUGAUGCCAGAGAAACUCAUCAUUACAAUACCCUAGGUCAAUUUCUCCAUCUCCUGGCAGCUUGUGAACAAUAAAUCAGAGAUGCUGAGAUCACAGCAAACCUAACAUGGUUUGAUUCCAUACUUCUUAAAAGAUCUUCAGUUGAGUAAAAAUGUAUCAUUUUACUAUUUUAUUUUAAUGAAGUUGUCAAAAUGUAUCCUUCCUAUCGUUGUUUUUAGUGAGAAUGAUGGCACCCAGGUUUUGGAUUUUAAGACGUACCACUUUGGAAUAAAGAAUGCUUUAAAGGUCCAACUGACUGGGUAAAUUAAGACUGAAAUAUAGUAAGAGAGGGAUGAUUUCAAGGCAGAUAAUAUCUUUGUAGAGCCUACUUAAUGCUGUUUUCAAUUCCAUUCAAUCCAACUUUAUUUUCUGCUACCUUAUUGUUUACAGGGAGGUUUGCAUCUUUCUACAAAUCUUUUCUUCCUUUCAGCUUCACGGUGAGAACAAACACAACGCAACUAUAUACGUUAAAGUUACUAUAACAGUGCAGGCGCAUCACACCAAAAUGACAAUCAAGAGUACUACACCUAAGGUAUGUUAAAAACAUCCAAACAUUUCUAUUUUUGUAAUAUUUGGUACCCAGUGUUCGGUCCCUGACAUAAUAAUUUGGUUUGGAUUACAGGAGAGAUGUGUGGUCCCUGCAAAUGCAGAAGUAAAAGUGAGUUCCAUCCUUUCUCAUUACACCUAUAAUAUGAAAUUAUUCAUGAAAUCAACAUAUUAUAUAACAUAUUUGUCUUAAUAUUUCAGCAAAAAUUACAUUUAAGAAAUAUAUUAGCCAAAGAAAUGUAUACUAUAUAUACAAAUGUAUGUGGACACCCCUUCAAAUUCAGCUAUUUUAGCCACACCUGUUUCUGACAGGUGCUUAAAAUCGAGCACACAGCCAUGCAAUCUCCAUAGACAAACAUUGGCAGUAAAAUGGCCUUAAAUAAGAGCUCAGUGACUUUCAAUGUGGCACUGUCAUAGGAUGCCACCUUUCCAACAAGUCAGUUCAUCACAUUUCUGCCCUGCUAGAGCUGCCUCGGUCAACUGUAAGUGCUGUUAUUGUGAAGUGGAAACAUCUAGAACAACAAAGGCUCAGCCACAAAGUGGUAGGCCACACAAGCUCACAGAACGAGACCUCCGAGUGCCGAAGCGCGUAGAGCGUAAAAAUAGUUUGUCCUCGGUUGCAACGCUCACUACCGAGUUCCAAACUGCCUCUGGAAGCAACGUCAGCACAACAACUGUUCGUCAGGAGCUUCAUGAAAUGAGUUUCCAUGGCUGAGCAGUCACACACAAGCCUAAGAUCACCAUGAGCAAUGCCAAGCGUCGGCUGGAGUGAUGUAAAAAUCUACGCCAUUGGACUCUGGAGCAGUGGAAACGCAUUCUCUGGAGUGAUGAAUCACGCUUCACCAUCUGGUAGUCCGACGGAUUAAUCUGGAUUUGGCGGAUGCCAGGAGAACGCUACCUGCCCCAAUGCAUAGUGCCAACUGUAAAGUUUGGUGGAAGACGAAUAACGGUCUGGGGCUGUUUUCAUGGUUCGGGCUAGGCCUCUUAGUUCCAGUGAAGGGAAAUCUUAAUGCUACAGCAUACAAUGACAUUCUAGACGAUUCUGUGCUUCCAACUUUGUGGCAACAGUUUGUGGAAGGUCCUUUCCUAUUUCAGCAUGACAAUUCCCCCGUGCACAAAACGAGGUCCAUACAGAAAUGGUUUGUCGAGAUCGGUGUGGAAGAACUUGACUGGCCUGCUCAGAACCCUGACCUCAACCCCAUCCAACACCUUUGGGAUGAAUUCGAACGCCGACUGCGAGCCAGGCCUAAUCGCCCAACAUCAGUGCCUGACCUCCCAAAUGCUCGUGGCUGAAUGGAAGCAAGUCCCCGCAGCAAUGUUCCAACAUCUAGUGGAAAGCCUUCCCAGAAGAGUGGAGGCUGUUAGAGCAGCAAAGGGGGGACCAACUCCAUAUUAAUGCCCAUGAUUCUGGAAUGAGAUGUUCGACAAGCAGGUGUCCACAUACUUUUGGUAAUGUAUUGUAUAUCUACAAUGGUUAAAUGUAAUUAUUUUGACAUAAUGAGAGCAUGUUGCCUUUUGAGUAGUAAAUAUGUGUUAUUCCUCUAGGCCUUCGGAGAGUAUCUCAUUCAGUGUGCAGUCAUAGAUUUACAUUUACAUUUCAGUCAUUUAGCAGACGCUCUUAUCCAGAGCGACUUACAGUUAGUGAUUACAUUUUUUAUUUUUUAUUUUUUUUUAUUUUUAUAUACUGGCCCCCCGUGGGAAUCGAACCCACAACACUGGCGUUGCAAACGCCAUGCUCUAUCAACUGAGCUACAUCCCUGCCGGCCAUUCCCUCCCCUACCCUGGACGACGCUGGGCCAAUUGUGCACCGCCCAUGAGUCUCCCGGUCGCGGCCGGCUGCGACAGAGCCUGGAUUCGAACCAGGAUCUCUAGUGGCACAGUUAGCAUUGCGAUGCAGUGCCUUAGACCACUGCGCCACUCAAUGAUGUACAGGAAAUCACAGUUGAGGCUGAAGCUUCAAUCAGAGAAGUUCAGGUUGGUAGAUACACUUUUAUUGACUUCCUCUGUAAUAUAGAAGUGAAGAUCCUUGCCCAUUUUAUGAUUUUUAUGUCCCAAAAUGCUUUGUUGUGACCAUCCAUCAUCAAUCAUUACAGGGUAAAUCAGAAGAUUACAGCUAAAGCCACUCGUGGAUUUGAUGAAGACAGAUUCGAAGCACUGGAAUUGAGAUGGAUGGAAUUGGUGGGUUAAACGUUCAUUAAUAGAGAUGUCCGAUUUAAACAAUAGAAUAGAUAGUUCCAAAAAUUAUAUUUAUUCAUUUACCUACAUUAUUGGAAAAGUUUAACUAUCUUGCUCUGUCUGCUCUGUUUGUGGUUCUGCUUCUUAGGUGGAGGUGAUGAUAAUCAAAUUGUCAGUGGAAAAAUCAUUGCCCGCCAUCAUCGGAGGCUCCAUUGGAGGCUUUCUUUUCCUAGCCAUAAUCAUU